CUGCAGCCACUGCGGAACUCUUUGAGGACAGGCAACGUCAAUGUCCAAGAAAAAAGAGGCAACAUACAAAUACGCCGCCUCUUCAGACCAGUCCGUCCACGUGCCACAACAAAAUUCUGGCGCUUCGUCCUCUCAACCGGCCGAUAUGCUUCCCCGGGCAAUAAAUUUGAGUAAUGGCUUCCUUCCUCGUAAAGUGGAAGGCGUUAUAGAGCAACUUCUCGAGAUGUCGAAGUACAUUGCCGGCCACGGUCCCAUGAUACACAUUUCAGAUGAGAGUUCUUUGGACCUGGAUACGAAUGAUCAGGAGUUUACAUUUUCAUGGGGACCUUUAUUCUCGAGUUCGAGGGACAAUCAGAAGCCCAAUCAGGUUGUUCCUCAUGAUGUUAUUGAAAUAGAUGAUGAUGAUAAUGAUCAAGAUGGAGUUGUGAUCAUUGGCGAAAAUCUUUCAAAAAACAAAAACAAACAGCCUAUGAAAUAUGGAAAUGGCUGUGAAAAUGUAGUCGAGGUAUGGGAAUGGCAGUAA